AUGUUUUUACAAAUACUUGAGUGGGCGGAGUUGGCCCAGGAGGAGUGGGCGGAGUUGGCCCAGGAGGAGUGGGCGGAGUCUGGCCUGGAGGAGUGGGAGGAGUUGGACCAGGAGGAGUGGGUGGAGUUGGAGGAGUGGGCGGAGUCAGGCCAGGAGGAGUGGGCGGAGUCUGGCCUGGAGGAGUGGGAGGAGUUGGACCAGGAGGAGCUGGUGGAGUUGGACCAGGAGGAGUGGGUGGUGUCAGGCCAGGAGGAGUGGGUGGAGUCGGGCCUGGGGGAGUGGGAGGAGUUGGACCAGGAGGAGUGGGUGGAGUUGGACCCGGAGGAGUGGGCGGAGUUUGGCCAGGAGGAGCAGGCGGAGUUGGGCCAGGGGGAGUGGGUGGAGUUUGGCCAGGAGGAGGGUGGAGUUGGACCAGGAGGAGUGGGCGGAGUUGGGCCAGGGGGAGUGGGCGGAGUUAGACCAGGAGGAGUUGGACCAGGAGGGGUGGGCGGAGUUUGGCCAGGAGGAGCGGGCGGAGUUGGACCAGGAGGAGUGGGCGGAGUUGGGCCAGGGGGGGUAGGCGGAGUUUGGCCAGGAGGAGCAGGCGGAGUUGGACCAGGAGGAGUGGGCGGUAUUAGACCAGGAGGAGUUGGACCAGGAGGAGUAGGCGGAGUUGGACCUGGUGGAGGUGUGAAGUAUCCAGGAAAGCCUCCUAAGCCAGGUUAUGGAGGAGUGACAGGAAUUGGAGGAGUGGGCGGAGUUAGACCGGGAGGAGUGGGAGGAGUUGGACCAGGAGGAGCGGGUGGAGUUGGACCAGGAGGAGUGGGAGGAGUUUGGCCUGGUGGAGUGGGCGGAGUUGGACCAGGAGGAGUGGGUGGAGUUGGACCAGGAGGAGUGGGUGGAGUUUGGCCUGGUGGAGCAGGUGGAGUUUGGCCUGGUGGAGUGGGCGGAGUUGGACCAGGAGGAGUGGGUGGAGUUGGACCAGGAGGAGCAGGCGGAGUUUGGCCUGGUGGAGCGGGUGGAGUUUGGCCUGGUGGAGUGGGCGGAGUUGGACCAGGAGGAGUUGGACCAGGAGGAGCAGGCGGAGUUUGGCCAGGAGGAGCGGGUGGAGUUGGACCAGGAGGAGUGGGCGGAGUUGGACCAGGAGGAGUGGGUGGAGUUGGACCUGGUGGAGCGGGCGGUGUUGGACCAGGAGGAGUGGGUGGAGCUGGCCUUGUUCCUGGUGGAGGUCGAAAGUAUCCAGGGAAACCACCAAAACCAGGUUACGGAGGAGUAGGUGGAGUUGGAGGAGCAGGCGGAGUUGGGCCAGGAGCAGUGGCUGGGGGAGUGGGUGGAGUCAGACCAGGAGGAGGAGUGGGCGGAGUUGGGCCAGGAGGAGUGGGUGGAGUUUGGCCAGGAGGAGUGGGCGGAGUUGGACCAGGAGGAGCAGGCGGAGUUGGACCAGGUGGAGUUGGACCAGGAGGAGUGGGUGGAGUUUGGCCAGGAGGAGCGGGGGGAGUUGGACCAGGUGGAGUUGGACCAGGAGGAGUAGGCGGAGUUGGACCAGGAGGAGUGGGUGGAGUUUGGCCAGGAGGAGCGGGGGGAGUUGGACCAGGUGGAGUUGGACCAGGAGGAGUGGGUGGAGUUUGGCCAGGAGGAGCGGGCGGAGUUGGACCAGGUGGAGUUGGACCAGGAGGAGUGGGUGGAGUUUGGCCAGGAGGUGUAGGCGGAGUUGGGCCAGGAGGAGUUGGACCAGGAGGAGUGGGCGGAGUUGGGCCGGGAGGAGUUGGACCAGGAGGAGUGGGCGGAGUUGGGCCGGGAGGAGUGGGCGGAGGUGUAAAGUAUCCAGGAAAACCUCCUAAGCCAGGUAGAGUAUGACUGCAAACAGACACUCUGGCCUACAGUGUGGGAGCAUAUUAACAUCAUAUUAUCUGUGCACUCAUUUGUUACACCAUAUUAGCAUUAAAUAAAUCCAUAUAUUUAACCAGCCCUGUAGCACACACAUGUUCUUCACCAUGUU